AAGGCCGCGGCGCGGCGAUGAUGUAAUGGCUUUGUGUGGCGGGGCGGCGGGGGCAGUGCUUCGUAGGUUUCUUGAGGCCACCGGCGGCUUCGGCGCGUCGGGGGCCGCUGCGGGGCCUCGCCAGACUCGGCCCGGCCCCGCCCGGCCGAGAGCGUGAGUGGGCGCGGAGCGCGCGCAGCGGGGGCGAGGAGGGGGAGCGCAGGCUAAACAAAAAUAAAUCAUUAAAGGCCCCUUUAUGAAACUAAUCCUCAGUCAAGUGUUACUUUUGAUGUAUGGUCUCUGAAGCCCCCCACUAUGCCAGCAGCUACUGUAGACCAUAGCCAAAGAAUCUGUGAAGUCUGGGCGUGUAACUUGGAUGAAGAGAUGAAGAAAAUUCGUCAAGUUAUACGGAAGUAUAACUAUGUUGCUAUGGACACGGAAUUUCCCGGAGUAGUUGCAAGGCCUAUUGGAGAAUUCAGAAGCAACGCAGACUAUCAGUACCAGUUAUUACGCUGCAAUGUAGACUUGUUAAAAAUAAUUCAAUUAGGACUGACAUUUAUGAAUGAGCAAGGAGAAUACCCUCCAGGAACUUCAACUUGGCAAUUUAAUUUUAAAUUUAAUUUAACAGAAGAUAUGUAUGCCCAGGACUCUAUUGAACUGUUGACGACAUCUGGUAUCCAGUUUAAAAAGCAUGAGGAAGAAGGAAUUGAGACACAGUACUUUGCAGAACUGCUUAUGACAUCAGGAGUUGUACUGUGUGAAGGAGUCAAGUGGCUUUCCUUUCAUAGUGGAUAUGACUUCGGCUAUCUAAUCAAAAUCCUGACAAACUCUAAUUUGCCUGAAGAAGAGCUGGACUUCUUUGAAAUACUGCGAUUGUUUUUCCCUGUCAUCUAUGAUGUAAAAUAUCUUAUGAAGAGUUGCAAGAAUCUGAAGGGUGGAUUACAAGAAGUGGCUGAGCAGUUAGAGCUCGAAAGGAUAGGACCACAGCAUCAGGCAGGAUCUGAUUCUUUACUCACAGGAAUGGCCUUUUUCAAAAUGAGAGAAAUGUUCUUUGAAGAUCACAUUGAUGAUGCCAAAUAUUGUGGCCACUUAUACGGCCUUGGUUCGGGGUCAUCUUAUGUACAGAAUGGCACAGGAAAUGCAUAUGAAGAAGAAGCCAACAAACAGUCAUGACAUGAAGUAAAAGGCCGCCUUUUUGACCUCCAUAUCCUUGUAUAUAGGUUUUACCUCUGGUUGAACCCCUUGGACAAUAAGGCUUCCCCCCACCACUUUCUCAGCACACUUUCUUUUCUGCCUUUCUAUGUACUGAACUUGACUAUUCCUAUCACAGAUUUUGAUCUUGAUACGUAAAAUUUUUCUGGGUUACAUUUUGGCCUUCUAACUAGCCCAUUUGUAAAGAAGUAUGUAUAGGAUCAGUGUGGAAGAGAGAAGGGGAAGGCUAAAUCAUAGUCUGGUAAACUUACUGAUACUGAUCUUCUAUUUUUUUGUCUAUUUCCCCUCCCUUCUCCAAGUUAACUGGCACUGAUAAUAACUAAUUUCUCUAUUCAUGUCUGUUCCUUCCAGUAUGCAGGCGUUUUGGCUAUUCAAGAUUGUGGACCAUCAGAUUUGCACUUUAGAGAGUGACUCUGACUCAGAUCCUCUAUUUGAAGUUUUUUCUUUUGCCCUCAGCUAGAAAACAAUCAUCUGCCAAGUUCAACAGCUUCACGCUGUAUUUCCUUGGUAUCUCGAACCAUGACUUAUUUGCUGCAUAAUCUCUGUUUGUUCAAGCAAAACACAUUGCUGAAAUCAUAGUAACUGCUGUUACUCUACUAGUGUUCAGUCAUCUUCAACCACAUCCUGCACAUAACAGCUUUACACCCUUCAGGAAGAGAACAGCUAUGACUUUCUCAGUUUAAUGGUAAAAAUGGUAGUUGAAGGAAAUUGGAAUAGUAGGAGAUUUGUAAUGUCACAGUUCCCUUAUUAACUUCCUAGCUUUUAUUCUAGUAAUGUACACCUCAAAUUUUUUAUGAAGUCAUAUUUAUUAUGUACUUGAUUUGAUGAGUUUUGGAAGUCAGUUUAGUUGAAGACAAAACCCAAAGAUCUGCAAAAAUACUAUUUAAUUGAAUUAUUGAAUUAGGACAAUUAAAAUAAGCUUUUUUUUAGUAGCUGCUGCAAAGACAGGUGUUACAGAUACUUGUUGUAAAACAACAAAAUAUAAGUUACUUCUAGCUAAUAAAGUUACCUGAGGAGUGUAAUGCUAGUUUAUUUUUGAGUGUGUCGUAGCAAUAUAUUUUAUAUAUAUUGUUUUAAAGGACCCUAAAGUACAUUCUUAACUCUGCAUAGCAUGUGCACAGAGCAGUUGUGCAGGAAGGAUUUUUGGUAUUGAAUAGCUAAAUACUAGCCUGAAAUGAUGGAAUGUGCGACACUAUGUACUUGUGUGUGUGUGUGCACAUGUAUGUGUGUACAUGUUUGACAUGGAAAUCAACAGUAUAAAAAUCUCUAGAUGUUCGCCAAAUUGUUUUACCUUGAACUGAAAAAAAUCAAACACCUUUUUUCAUUGAACUACAAUGAUGUAACUGGGUGGUCCUUUUUAAACAAGUAAUUUGCAUAAGAGAGGGUAUUUGUUUUUAAAGCUUUUGUAAAUAAAGGCCUACAAAAUGUUUUGUUACAUAACAACCGACUGGUGGUUUUGUUGCACAAUUUUUCUUGGAAUGUGUGCAUUUAGUCAGUUCAUUCUGUAUUCUGUUUUGUUUAGGCAUGGUAGUUCUUUUCCAGGUGCUUAUAAAACCAUCUAAUUCGCUGCUUCCUGACUGCGCUUCCAGAUCGAAAUUCUGUUUGUGUGUUUCCAGUCACUGAAGUCCUACUGACCUGAGUUGCGAGACUGGUAUGGUUACAAUUUACUACUGAGGCACCCAAAUCCCAUUAGUAAUUUAUUUUAAUACCAUUGUGCAUUAAGUGAUGGUGACUUAUUUUAACUUUGAUUGUCUUUUGAUUUUUAAUAAGAAGAUAAGAACUGGAAUGGGAAAACAGGAUGGAUUCUUACUUGGCAUCAAUCUCUCUUGUCACGCUUGAACUGUAGGCUUACAUGGAAAAUUUGCAUGCCUGUGGAAUGAAGAACUGCUGAAGUUUGAUGCAUUUGCUUUGAAGUUUAGUAGCUUUGCCUGAAGUAUACCAAUACAACUACGGUUAACUUUUGAAGAGAAUGACUCUUAGAAAAAUUUUGGGGUUUUGUUUUGAAGUAACAUUUUAGUUGUGGAUCAAAAAGUGUUUAGAGCCUUCUAAUUGUGUGCUUACAGAGAAGGUUUUGGUUCAGAUUGGGAUGCUUUUUGAAGCGAUUGUUGAGCAUCCCACAUACUGUCCUUUGCUUUGCUUCCCAUCAUGAAUCUGUCAGAGCAUGGACUCUCAUUUGGAAGAAGCUGAAGCCAAAUACACAUGAUGGGUGUGUCUUGUGUCCCAGCUGCCAAUGAGCAUGCAGUCUGCAGGACCAGGCUGAGUUUGCUUAAGCCCUAGUCUAAAAUUCUCAUGGGGCAUUUGACUUUAAGCAGUUCUACUCUUCAGUUUUCUUCUUGUAAGAAAAGCUUUUCUCAAAAGCCACUGAUCAGUAUGAAGCGAAGGUUAUGCUUUAUUCUGCAUGAGAACUCCUGGUCUGAUCAAUGUCAUCUGUCUAUUUAGAGAUGAUUACAGCUGGGGAGACAGCAGUGCAUCAUUCAGUUUCUGCGGCAAAAUUAGAUUU